AUGAAAUUACUAUUGAAAAUAAUUUCAUUUAUUUCGACACAUCUAUUGGCAACAAACGUUGCUCUUGCAGAAAUCGACGAAGAUAAUACGAACAAAAACACAGCAGUGGUACCAACGGAAUGCUUCGAAUGGUACGGCAAACCCAUGGAGGACUAUUUCGUAACAACAAGCAGCGAUUCCUGGUGCAUUGACUCGAUGAAACACGCCAUCGCCGGCUACGAGAUCGUCGAGCGCAACGGGGUAAAUCUGACAUUUUUGCACGGGGAUCCCCCGAUCCUCCCAACCUGCGAUCCCUUUCGAGUCGCCAGCGACACCCCCACCGAGCUGGUCGGAUUCAGGGGGAACAGCAAGAAGGGCUACGCGGUGUUGUUCGACGUGAACUGCAGGCCCGAGAUUCCCACGGGCGGGCUCUUCACGUUCGACGGCUCUUUCUUCGGGUUCCAGCACCCCAGGUGCGAAUACAGCAACGAACGCGGGCCUAUAGAAAUCAGCGCGUAUUUUAAACCGCCGGUUCCAGAAAGCCAUUCGGAGGAUGAUCCGGGGAUGUACGAUGAUCGUAAUGCAAACGCCAGCCAUUGCAGCAUGGAUAUAAAGACCUAUUGCGAGAAAAUGCUGCGUGCCGAGGAACUUAUAGAAGACCUGGGGCAGCGCAAUCGCAGCUUAAUGGAAAAAACUGAGUUGUUGGAGAGAAGAGUGACCGAUUUGGAGGCGCUCGUGGAGAAUUUGAUGGCGCAACUGAACAAUUUGGGCGAAAAUGUGGCGACAGCGCAGAACAAAACAGCCGAGUUAAUCGAGGAUAACAAUCCGAAAAAAUAUAUCGAAAACACCACUAGUGAAGUGCACGAAAUUCAAUCCGCUAUAGACGACUUGAAAACCGAAUUGCAUAAAACCGAGGAAAAACUCACUAACGAAUUGAAACUAAACGAAGAAAAAUUAAUGGAAACCAUUCAAAAUCUCACCGAAUUGGCUAACGCAACGCAAAUCAACGAAACUCAACCACAAUCGUUCGAUAUAGAAUCACUCAACACAACUGUUUGGUAUCAAGAACUACUAAACGAAAUUAAAAACAAUAUUAGCGACAUCAAAAAAGAGACAAAUGACAACAACAAAUAUUUCGAAAACGCCACUAGUGAAGUAAACGAAAUUCAAUCCGCUAUAGACGACUUGAAAACCGAAUUGCAGAAAACCGAGGAAAAACUCACCAACGAAUUGAAACUAAACAACGAAAAAUUAAUGGAAACCAUUCAUAAUCUCACCGAAUUGGCUAAUACAACGCAAAUCAACGAAGCUCAACCACAAUCGUUCGAUACAGAAUCUCUCAACACAACUGUUUGGUAUCAAGAACUACUAAAGGAAAUUCAAAACAACAUUAGCAACAUCAACAAAGAGACAAACGACAGCAACAAAUGUUUAGAAGAAAUUAAAUCUGAAAACGAAAACAACAAAUUGCUUUUAGAAGAAUUUAAGCGAGACAUGAGCAUCUUGUAUUUAUUGCAGAAUGAUACCAGAAGUAAGCUUGAUGAUCGCAUUGAGAAAUUAGACCUCAAAUUGGAUCACACAAAGUAUCGAAAUGAUGUUCUAUUCGAAGAUAUCAUCCAAACGAUAUACGAACUGAAAAACCAUACGGAGAAAAACGAUUCCAACAAGACAAUUGAAGACAUUAAAUCAUCAAUCGAUAAACUUGAAGAGGAGAAUGACGAGAAUGAACAUAAAAUUGAAGAAUUAUUGAACAAUGCAUCAGAUAACAAAACUAUCGAGGAACUCGAUGAAAAAAUUCAACAAAUUCUUAAUAAACUGGAGGAAGAUGAACGUGAAAUGAAGAAUAAUUUAGAUAAAAUACGUACGGAUAACGAUGAAAACAAACAGAAAAUAGACGAGGAAAUAAAAAAUUUGCAAAAUCAAAAUAAUCAAACGAAAGACUACGUCGAGCAAAUAUUAAACAAUACAGAAAGUAAACACAACGAAUCUUUGUGGAAUGAAGAACUAAUUCAAGAUAUUAAAAACGCUAUUAAUAAACUCGAAGAAGAUACUCAACAAACAAAAAAUAAUCUAAGCGAAUUACGAGAGGAAAACGACGAGAACAAAUCGAAAAUACUGGACAUUUUGAUCGACAUUAAAAAUUUGCACACGCAAGAAAAUAGCACCAAAAGUAGUCUCGAACAAAUAUUAAACGACUUGGGAACAAAUUUCACAAAGAACACAUCCCGAAACAACGAACAACUCAUCGAAGAAAUGAGGAACACCAUCAACAGCAUCGAAGAAGAAACUCGAGAAACGCUAUCUCAAUUGAACGGUUUGCAAAAUGAGAGCGAAGAAAGCAAAUCCGAGAUACAAAGAAUAUUGAAUGAUAUUAAUGAUUUAAAGUCGAGUGACAACCAAACUAAAAACGACGUUAAAGAAAUUAAAAAUAAUCUCACAACUUCAUCGAAUUGGACAGAUGAAUUACUUGAGGAAAUUAAAAAUGCCAUCGAUAACAUCGAAAAAGAGUCUGUAAAUACACGCUUCCAAUUAAACGAUUUGAGAACAGAUAACGAUGAAAACAAAUCUAUGAUGGAGGAUAUUCUGAGCGAUAUUCAAAAUUUAUAUUCGCAAGAAAAUCAGACUAAAAUCGAUAUCAAGCAAUUAAUAAGCGAUAUUGAACGAUUUGAUAACGCAUCAUAUCCUAGUGUUGAAGAACUUGAAGAUGUUAAAAAACAUAUAAGCAAUAUCGAAGAGGAAGCUCAAAAUAUGAAUAAUCAAUUGACAGAAAAUAAAUCCACCAUAGAAAAAAUUCUCAACGACAUUGAAAAUUUGUAUUUGCAAGACAAUCAAACGAAAAAUGAUUUUGAUAAAAUUUUGAGAGCAUCUGAAAAUGCUUCAAUGAUUAAUAAUGAUAUAAUUGAGGACAUUAAAAAUACCGUAAAUAAUCUAGAAGAAGUUACCAAUAAUAGCAAAACACAAUUAAAAGAAAUUCAGAAGGACAAUGAUGAAAUUAAAUCCAACAUGGAGAAAAUUAACAAUGAUUUAAUAAAUCUCUAUACAGCAUACAACGACACCAAAAUUAAAUAUGAUAACGAAACUAACAAGCACAAUGAAGAACUUGUAAAUAUCAGAAAAAUUAUCGUUAAAGUAGAAGAAGAAGCGCAAAAUAUUGAAACCAAGAUAGAAGAUAUAAAGGAAGAAUUAAAAAUCUUUUAUUUAAAGAGCAAUGAAACCAAAAGCGAAAUUGAACAAACUUUAAACGACAUGAUAGUGUCAUCAGCAAACACAUCGAUCGAGAUUAAUGGAUUAAUUCAAGAUAUUCAAGGCAUUAUAAAAGAUGUUGAAAAUCGGACCCAAGAAACUAACACCCAAUUAAGUGAAAUUAUACACAAUAGUACCGAAAACAGAUUGAAAAUACAAGAAAUUCUCAGCGACGUCAAUAAUUUGUAUUCACUUAGCAAUGAAACCGAUAAAAAAUUGGAGCAAACAUUGAAUGAAUUAUCAAGUAUUAGUGCAUCAGAAAACACAUCUGCUAGCACUGAAGAACUAAUUAACGAUAUUAGUAACGCUAUAAUUAAUCUCGAAAAAGAUGCACAAGAAACCAAAACUCAACUAAACGAUACAAGAAAUAGAAGUGAUAAAAACACUUUCGAAAUCGAAGAAUUGCUCAAGCGUUUAAACUGGCUAAAUCAAAACAGCAAUAACACGUACGAGGAUAUCUAUUCGAAAAUCGACCACGUAACGAAACACGAUAGAGAGCUGUUCGAACAGGUUUUUCAAACCAUCGAUGAAAUCGAAAAUCAUUGGGAAUCUCAUAUUGUGAAGGACCUUAUUAAAAACAUCACCAGUAUGAAAGAAGAAACUGAAAACACCAGAACUCGUUUGGAUCAAAUGCGAAACGAUACCGACGAAAAUAAAUCUAAAAUGCACGAACUCGCUGAAGAUUUAGGUGAGUUGUACAGUAGAAAUAAUCGAACCGAGACGAAAAUUGAACAAAACAUUAACGAUAUACAAGAAAUGAAGAAUGAAUUCGUCGAAAAUAAAUCUAAAAUAAACGAACUGGCUGAGGAUUUAGGUGAAUUGUACGGUAGAAAUAAUCGAACUGAGUCGAGAAUUGAACAAAACAUUAAUGAUAUAAAAGAAAUGAAGAAUGAAUUUUUUGAAAAUAAAACUAAAAUUAACGAACUUGUUGAAGGUUUAGGUGAAUUGUACGGUAGAAAUAAUCGAACUGAGUCGAGAAUUGAGCAAAACAUUAACGACAUAAAAGAAAUGAAGAAUGAAUUCGUCGAAAAUAAAUCUAAAAUGAACGAACUUGUUGAAGAUUUAGAUGAAUUGAAAGGUAAAAAUAAUCAAACUGAGUCGAGAAUUGAACAAAACAUUAACGAUAUAAAAGAAAUGAAGAAUGAAUUUGUUGAAAAUAAAUCUAAAAUAAACGAACUCGUUGAAGAUUUAGGUGAAUUGAAAGGUAAAAAUAAUCGAACUGAGUCGAGAAUUGAACAAAACAUUAACGAUAUAAAUGAAAUGAAGAAUGAAUUUGUUGAAAAUAAAUCUAAAAUGAACGAACUCGUUGAAGAUUUAGAUGAAUUGAAAGGUAAAAAUAAUCAAACUGAGUCGAGAAUUGAACAAUACAUUAACGAUAUAAAUAAAAUGAAGAAUGAAUUUGUCGAAAAUAAAUCUAAAAUAAACGAAGUCGUGGAAGAUUUAGGUGAAUUGAAAGAUAAAAAUAAUCGAACUGAGUCGAGAAUUGAACAAAACAUUAACGAUAUAAAUGAAAUGAAGAAUGAAUUUGUUGAAAAUAAAUCUAAAAUGAACGAACUCGUUGAAGAUUUAGGUGAUUUGAAAGGUAAAAAUAAUCAAACUGAGUCGAGAAUUGAACAAAACAUUAACGUUAUAAAAGAAAUGAAGAAUGAAUUUGUUGAAAAUAAAUCUAAAAUGAACGAAGUCGUGGAAGAUUUAGGUGAAUUGUACGGUAGAAAUAAUCGAACUGAGUCGAGAAUUGAACAAAACAUUAACGAUAUAAAUGAAAUGAAGAAUGAAUUUGUUGAAAAUAAAUCUAAAAUGAACGAAGUCGUGGAAGAUUUAGGUGAAUUGUACGGUAGAAAUAAUCGAACUGAGUCGAGAAUUGAACAAAACAUUAACGAUAUAAAAGAAAUGAAGAAUGAAUUUGUUGAAAAUAAAUCUAAAAUAAACGAAGUCGUGGAAGAUUUAGGUGAAUUGAAAGAUAAAAAUAAUCGAACUGAGUCGAGAAUUGAACAAAACAUUAACGAUAUAAAUGAAAUGAAGAAUGAAUUUGUUGAAAAUAAAUCUAAAAUGAACGAACUCGUUGAAGAUUUAGGUGAAUUGAAAGGUAAAAAUAAUCAAACUGAGUCGAGAAUUGAACAAAACAUUAACGAUAUAAAAGAAAUGAAGAAUGAACUGGUUGAAAAUAAAUCUAAAAUGAACGAACUUGUUGAAGAUUUGGGUGAAUUGUACGGUAGAAAUAAUCGAACUGAGUUGAGAAUUGAGCAAAAUAUUAACUAUAUAAAAGAAAUGAAGAAUGAAUUCGUCGAAAAUAAAUAUAAAAUGAACGAACUUGUUGAAGAUUUGGGUGAAUUGUACGGUAGAAAUAAUCGAACUGAGUUGAGAAUUGAGCAAAAUAUUAACGAUAUAAAUGAAAUGAAGAAUAAAUUUGUUGAAAAUAAAUCUAAAAUGAACGAACUUGUUGAAGAUUUUGGUGAAUUGAAAGGUAGAAAUAAUCGAACCCAGACGAAAAUUGAACAAAACAUUAACGAUAUACAAGAAAUGAAGAAUGAAUUCGUCGAAAAUAAAUCUAAAAUGAACGAACUCGUUGAAGAUUUAGGUGAAUUGUACGAUAGAAAUAAUCGAACUGAGUCGAGAAUUGAACAAAACCUUAACGACAUAAAAGAAAUGCAGAAUGAAUUCGUCGAGUAUAAAUUAAAAAUAGAUAAAAUCGAAAAUGAUCGCAAACCCCCCAAAAAAGGGAGGAAUCCGAAGCGCAUCUUAGACCAACCAAAUUACCCAGAAAAAUCGAUAGAAUUAAGUCAAGAAAUUAAUUCAGAAAAAUUAAAGGAAAAAACGGAAUUGAUGUAUUAA